UGCAGUUCAAACCAUCCGUCAAAAUGCACAAAGUUUUUCAAAAUCAGCAAAGGUCCAGUGAGAGCACGAGAGAGAGGUAGCUGGACAAGUUCGGAAGCUUCGCCGUUGUCUCUGUUUUGCCAAGACGGCAUACUUGCUUUCACUUGUCGCGCUUUCUCUCACAAAAAAACAUCACAACAUCAUCACACCAUCAACCAUGUCAAAACGCGUAGCUGACGGUCAGGGCGGUGCAGAGCGCUACGGGAUCUCGAACGACGAAGAGACGAGGGACGGCGCCAUGGACCCGCCUCGUAAGGCGACCGCUGCCCAGCUAGCAAAGCGAUCAAUCAAACCUCUAAAAGGCCGCCCGUCAUCCAGAUCUUCUUCGCCGUCAAAGUCAACGCCUGGCUUCGCCAAUCCGUUUGGCUCCGACCUCAAUUCCUUCGGCCAAAGCGCACCAGCAGCCACCAGUUUCGACUUUGGACAGUCGACCACACAGAACAAUCCGUUCAACUCAAUGUCGACGUCACAGAGCUUCCCUCCCAAUGCCCCUACCAAUCCACUCAGCUUCGCACCACCUCAGACAUCGAGCUUCAACUUCGGCGCACCCGCUUCCACUUCGGCACCCUCAGGCACAUCCUUCACAUUCGGCUCGACACCAGCGUCACCGGCACCCUCAGCUCCCGCAUCGCCGGCACCUAGCUUCAAUCCCUUCGCUGCCAUGUCGACGCCCUCGUUCAGCAGCGAACAGCCCAUCAGUGCAGCCGAGAUUCGCGAGAUCGAGUCGGCCGGUCCCACCUUGAGCCACCAAGGCAAGCUCGACCAGCUCGCCAACAUCGUGCGUCACAGCGAGCCCAAGUACAAGGAUGCCGACCUUGGUGGACUUGACCUUUCGGCGCUUCCAGCAGCAGUCCAAAGGAAGAUGCUCGACUUUGUGCGCGCCAUCAACGGUGCUAAGGUUCCUGCACCCGCUUUCAGCUUCGGAGGCCCCGCUGCUUCGCCUGCACCAGCAAGUCCGUCUGCCUUCAGCUUUGGUCAAUCCACGACUGCCGCUGCUACUCCAUCAAGCCAACCUGACGUCUCUUCAUUCGGUGCAUUUGCAGCUUCAACUACCAAGAAGGACGAGCCUCCUGCUAAGGCUCCUGCACCCGCCUUCAACUUUGGAGGCGCCGCUGCUUCGCCUGUACCAGCUGCCUCGUCUUCCUUUACCUUUGGAGCCUCAACGGCUACGCCGCCUUCUCCUGCUCCCACGCCAGCCUUCAACUUCGGAGCCUCCACAGUUGCGUCUGCCUCUCCUGCUCCUGCGUCUGCAUUCAACUUUGGUGCGACGACGGAAAAGGAGGAUGAGACUGCACCCAAGCCCGCCACAAACGCCUUCAACUUCGGUGCGACAACGGAAAAGAAGGAUGAGACAGCACUCAAGCCUUCUACAAGCGCCUUCAACUUCGGUGCUGCCGCAGCCCCUGCUGCUCCUUCAUCUCCCAAGCCAGCCGAAAAGAAGCUUCCCUCUUUCGCCUUUGGUGCUCCCGCUGCUUCCAAACCUGCUGAAGAUGUCUCUUACCCUAGUUUGGACAAGGUCUCUUCUCAAGAGUCGUCUCCUGCUCCGACAUCCUCGUUCAGCUUCGGUCAGCCAGCAGCCCCUGCCGCUUCCUCGCCUUUCAAGCCCGCCGCUGCACCCGUCGCUCCUGAGUCUCCCAGACCUCAGAACGUCGAUCUCGGUUCAUCAAUGUUCGGCAGCGCACCCGCUCAGCAAAAGCCCGUCGAGUCUGCCUUCAAGGGCUUCGGUGCUUCGACUUCAGCUCCCCCGCAAUCGACUUCAUCAGCUCCCACUUUUGGCUUCGGAUCUUCCACCAGUGCACAAGCCCCUAGUCCAAGCAAUGCCCUCGCAAAGACAUCUGCACCAGGCGUCGCUACUCCGCCGGCAUCUCCCAUGCAGCCAUCGGAACUGUCCUCUUCGUUGAUCAAGCAGUUGAACGAGUCUCUGCGUGCUCACCUCGCUUCGGCCGAUUCAUCGCAAGAUUGGAGUGCCAUGAUGCGCUUCUAUCUCGAGCAGGUCGCCGAUCUUCGCCAAGAGAACAGUGCUGCACCAUCCACCACAGCCGUCGCCUCUUCCAGUGCUCCCAAGCAGAUUGCCGCUCCCUUGGCUCCUCCUAGCCGCGGCGAAAAGCGCGUUGCCGACGACGAAGUCACCAAGGACGACGACCACCACAAGCGCUCAAAGACAUCCUUCUCGACUCCGACUUUCUCCUCGUCUACCACUCCGACCAAGCCUCUUUCAAGCACUGCCUCUUUGUUUGACGACAUCCUGAACUCUGCAGAGAAGCCUCAGACACCUCAGCCGUCCAAUGUCUUCUCGGCGGCCAGUGCAACAAAGACUCCCGCAGCUCCUGCCACUGCUCCUCCAGUCAAGUCCAACCCAUUCGGCAACAUCGUCCAGAAGGUUUCUGCCACGCCUGCACCUACUGCUUCCAAGUCUGGUUUCGUUCCUCCUGCUGGAGCCCAGGCCUUGCCUUCGUCCAACGGCAUGCCUGCUGCACCCGCCUUUCAGAUCCCCAAGUUUGGCGGCUUCAAUGGCUUGUCUAAAACUGCUCCCAGUUUCCUCGGGUCCUUCGGUCAGAGAGCUGCCGAGCAAGAGGCAAAGGAGCGUGAAAAGCGCAAGGAAGAAGACAUGGAUUCCGAUGAAGACGAAGAAGAGUGGGAGAGAAAGGAUGCCGAGAAGCAGGCUCAGAAGAAGGCCGAACUGUUGGCUGCAAGCCAACCUCUCAAGUUCAACCUAGACACCUCCAAGAAGACCAACAGCUCUGCCUCGGCUGUCUUCUCAUUCGGCAGCACUCCAUCUACCGCAAACACUUCUGCGUCAUCCAACAUCUUCGGCAACCUAUCCAGCAGCAAGCCCGACGACGAGGACAAUGACGGCGACACUGAUGAGGACGAGGAUGUCCAUGCUGCACUGGCCAACGCUUCUCCUGCCAAGCCUGCCGCUGGCAAAAGCCUUUUUGACCGUGUCUCCUUUGACGCCGAAAAGGAAAAGACCUCUGAUGCUCCUAGUGCCUCCUUCAAGUUCAGCUCUUUCGGCAGCUCGGGCCCUGCCUCUGACAAUACCUGGAAGGACACCAACCCUAUCAAGUUCGGUGCUAGCACACUUACUGCCGGUACCACCACUCCUGAUGGUUCUCCUGCCAAGGCUCCUGCUCCCACGUUCAGCUUCGGUGGUGCUUCACAGCCUGCCGGGAAGUCAUCGCCCUUUAGCGGUAUGUUUGGUGCCAAGCCUGCAGAGACCCCCAAGCCUUCUUCUUCUGGCAGCAUCUUCGACGCAGCAAAGUCCUCAGCUCCUACCACUGGCUUCUCAUUCGGUGGCUCUACGGCUGGUCCUUCAGGUCUUGCACCGCCUUCAGGUUCCUCGGUCUUUGCUUCCGCCGCCACAUCUCGCGCCACCACACCCGGUACCACCACCACCACAGACGCCGAAGGCAGUGCUGCCGGAUCGGAGCCUAGCGACACACCCAACGACACCCAAAAGGAUCUGACCGCCUUGACCGCCGAAGAACUUGCCACGUCCAACCUUGUUCACGAAGCUCGCUGCAAAGUGACCAAGUUUGUCAAGGAGUCUGAAAAACAAUGGGUCAACCAAGGUCUCGGCCCCAUUCGCAUCCUCGCCAGCAAGGAAACCGCCAAACCCCGUAUCCUUGUGCGCGCCGAUCCAUCUGGCAAGGUCGUUCUCAACUUCAACCUCCUCUUGAACAAGGACCUGUAUUCGAUCAAGAGCGCCAAGAUGGUUCAAUUGAGUGUGCCAGCUGAAGACAAAAAGCUCGAGACGUUCAUGUGUACAUUCAAGGAUGGUGGCAAGGCCAGCGAAUUUUUGGACAAGCUCCAUGAGGCUAUCACCAAGGCUCAGGGCUAGGGCGGUUUAUGGGGAUUCGGGUUACGGUUCCGUGCAUAUUUUCAGGUGUUUUUCUCUUUUUUCUUUCUGUUUUACUUUUGAUUGCGUUUUUCUUUUUGCUUCGUUACUUUAUGAGGUUUUGUUUUGGGACAAUUACGGGUGGGUAUACCCCGUAGGCAGGUUUUAUAGCUCAGAUAGCUGCAUCAUUGCACGAUUUUUUCUUUCCC